CUCCCCUGCCUUACCCCUUCUCCUCCCCUCCCUGCACGUCGAGGGCCGUGGCCUGGGCGGAGCGGCGAACGCGGGCUGGAGGGCGGGCUGGCGGAGGCGCGCGCGCCCUGCCCGGGGAUCUACGCCGGCUGCUCUCCCCGAAGUCCGUGCUGGGUUUCGGAGAGCCGCUGCCUGCUUUCCACAUGUGCCGCAGCCGCCCGGGCGGGAGGUGCUCAGCUCGCGCGGGUCUCGCUGCUCCCGACUUCCCUCGCCAUGCACACCACCGGCACGGCUGGCCCAGGGGAUGCGUCUGCUGCUGACAUCAUGGACAUAUGUGAAUCUAUCCUGGAAAGAAAGCGACAUGACAGUGAGAGGUCUACAUGUAGUGUCUUAGAGCAGACAGACAUGGAAGCUGUUGAAGCUCUUGUUUGCAUGAGCUCCUGGGGUCAAAGAUCCCAGAAAAGUGACCUCUUAAAGAUAAGACCACUUACUCCAGUCUCUGAUUCAGGAGACUUUACUGCCCUGCAUGGUGAAGCUGCUGUAUCCGAGUUACCAAAGGACUUCCAUUCUCUUUCUACCCUGUGCAUGACUCCCCCUCACAGUCCAGAUCUUCUUGAACCAUCUGCUUCAUUGCUUCUUCCCUCCCACGUCACUGCUUCCCAAACAAAGGCAGGCCCAGCCAACACAUCGAUCUAUUCGGCUCCUGCAAACACGGCCUCUAUUUUGGUAGCCAAAUUGUCAAGAAUGAAGAUGGAGUUAGGGCUGCCCAGUCAGAAGGCAGAGGUGCCAGAAGCAGCUUCUCUUCAGCCCUAUAAAGCCAUGGUAACCAGUGUGAUCCGGCACACUGGAGACAGUUCUGCUUCCUCUCACAUUCCUGCAACCCAAGGAGAAGUGGAAGGCAUUUCAAGCAACAGAAAUUCCAUAGGCCUGAAGGAAACUCACCACUCAGGAAUUUCGGAAGCUUUUCAGGCCUUGCACCUCGAAAGUGGUUUAAACCGUGUUAAUUUAAUCCCCUGUGCACCUCGUUUACAAAAUUCUGGUUCAUCUCUUCCUGAUAAAGGACUACAGGGGGUGUGGCCCAUUGCAACACAGACCUGCACACCAAAGAAUUGUGAUAGUGAUGCCCCAAGGAAAGCUGCCUCUUACAUUUCUGUUCCUGUUCCGAUCCAUCCUCCCUCCGUUCUCUGCCAAAUGAUCCCUGUGACUGGUCAAAGUGGUGGAAUGGUUUCAGCUUUCUUGAAGCCCCCUUCCCAGACAAACCCACCACCCAUCAAGCCCAUUUUACCCCAAACUGCUCCAGUCUCUCAGCCUGUCCUUAUGGGAACAUCGGUGCCUCAAGGAGCUGUUAUGCUGGUCUUUCCCCAGGCUGCUCUCCCACAGCCAGCAUCUUGCCAACCAAAUGUCAUGACUCUAGGAAAUACCAAGUUACUCCCUCUUGCCCCUGCACCAGUCUUCAUUACACCUAGUCAAAAUUGUGUCCCUUCAAUAGAUUUUUCCCGAAGAAGAAACUAUGUGUGUAACUUUCCAGGAUGCCGGAAAACUUACUUCAAAAGUUCCCACCUCAAGGCCCAUCUUCGUACUCACACUGGAGAGAAACCUUUCAACUGCAGCUGGGCAGGUUGUGAUAAAAAAUUUGCUCGCUCAGAUGAACUUUCUCGACACCGAAGAACUCAUACAGGAGAAAAGAAAUUUGUGUGCCCUGUAUGUGCUCGGCGUUUUAUGCGAAGUGAUCACUUGACAAAACAUGCCCGACGUCAUAUGGCCGCCAAGAAGAUCCCGAACUGGCAGGCUGAAGUGGGCAAAUUAAACAGAAUUGCUUCAUCAGAGAAGCCUGGAAAUACUGGUGUGUCUCUGAGCCCAUUAGUCCCCAUGCCAUCAUGCUCUGCCUAAGGAAUCAUUCAGGACAUAAUCUGUUGUCUGGUAUUUCCAGAAGGCCUUUUAUUCCGAACACUUAUUAUAAUGACUAAAACACAGAAUUGACAUUUUUUCCUGGGUUUGGGGGCAGUUUCUGAUGAAAGCAUCUUGUUAACACUUUUUUUUCUUUAAUUGAGGCCCUGUUCACUAUUACUAUUUUGUAGUUUGAGAAACUUGGGGGGCGUUUGUUUUUAAAGGAAAGUGUUCAAAAAAUUGAUAAUCUGAAUCACCAGCAUUGAAAGAAAAAAACAUCUUAACCAUGAAGUUUACAGAAUCUUGACUCACUUAACCUUUGUAUUCAUAAUUUUUUUUACAAAAUGUUACAGGGUACUAAUUUUUAUACUAGUGUUUCUAUAAAGGUAUUUAUAUCAUAAUUACUUUGCAAGCUGUUUUUUAUUAAUAAUGAAAAACAUUUUUUAUAAUUAUCCAGCUUGGUAAAUUUGGAACAUCAUCCAGGCAAAAGAAAUCAUUAGUCAUAGUCCGUCCUCUUUAAGCCUAAGAAUUUUUAAGACCUGUAAAUAAUUGACUGAGGGCCUUUUAAAGAAAAAAAAUUGCAAUUACUUUUUCAAAACAUUUCAAGUUUGUCUACUCAUUUAAAGUAGAUACCCUGAGCAACAAGUAUGGUUUGGGAAUCUAAGAUGUCAGGGGACCAAGACCUGCCAGUUUCAUAGAGUAGCCUAUGUGCUGUUGAGUAAAAAUCUGCCUCAUACUUUAAAUUUUCUUCAUAUAAGACAGUUACUUUUAUAUUGAAAUUGCAAACCAUUCCCACUUUCUUACCUCUCAGACCUGAAAGGUGUGAAAUAACUCAUUUAAACACUUUGAAUUUGAUUCUCUCGAUGGGUGGCCUUAGGAUUUUUGUGUGUCUUGUGUAAAUUGACCUUUUCUAGUAAAUUGAAGUGACCCAUUGAAUGAUUUUUUUCCUUUCUGUUCACCAAAGAAAUUUACUUUAAAAGUUAAAUACGUGUGUCAGCUGGCCAACUCUGAUUCUUUAAUUCCCUCACACAUCAGGAGUAGAAAACAAUAUUACAAAUGUCAACAGCUUUUGUAAUUGACUUGGGAAAAUGAAAAUGGUUUUUUGGAAGCAGCAAAGAAAAAUGUUUAUAAAUGGGAAGAUAGGAAGGAGAAGAUAGAAAUUAGUUGACUGUUUCCUUUGCAAUUCACUGCUGCCGUUUGUUAAUUUUUUUUGGUGGGGAGUGGGGGCACAUGUUUUCCAGAGCCUGGGAGGAAUUAUUCUGUUUUGUCCAUCAAGGCACAAAAUCUUUUUUGUUAAGCAUUGCACUGUAGUUCUAGACAAUUAGACAGUAGGGAUUGCAUUGUAUGUUGCACUACUACUAUAAUUUAGAAAAGCUUAUGUAUUUAGAAUUUUACAUAUGAACAUAGUUAUUGGCAGUUUACCUUUAUAAAAAUUAUGGUAAAUUGAAAUGUUAAUUUUGGUGUUACAAAGUUUUGUUCCUAGCUUAUUUGAUGUUAAGGCCGUUAUUCAAUGAAUAUUCAGCUAUUCCAACCCCAUCCACUCACCCCCUCACUAUCUUUAGUGAUCUUUAUACUACCUAAUGUCACUAUAUUAUUUAACCUGUAUGUAAGUGAUGUGAUUGGAAUUCACCUAUUAGACUGUAGAGGUUUUGAUACAGUUGUAAAAGUACCACUUUCAUGUGUUUUUAUUUUUUUUAAUUUUUCAUCCCCCAACCCUUCACUUCUAAAUCUAGUACAGUAGCACCAGCUACUAAGUUAGAAUCCAAAAUUUCUUGACUGUCUGUUCUCUCUAGGGCUCUCAAUUUGCGUAUUUUUCCUAAUAGGAUGAGUCUUACUAUUAAUACCCCAGAGUAUGGAUGGAUUCAAGAGAAUUACUUUUUCAGUGUUUGGUUGAGAUUUUUCAGAUUGUUUCAUUACCCUGAGAAAAGACUUAAUGGUUGAUUCUUUAAGACAUACACACAAAUUUUAUUUGUGCUGAAAGUGUUAUUUUUUUUUUUUUUUAGCUAUGCUUUCAUUCUUGAAUUAGACUGGAAAAACUAUAGAAAUACCCUUAGUAAAAUUUUUUGGUUCUCUUAUUUCUUUUGUCCCUUUUUGAGUAUGUAGGGUUGGGAAACAAGUCCCUCAUGAAGAGAAGUUAAUCCAUGAAUCAGAACUUUUGUUGUUAUUUUUUCUAGGUUCAGAGGCCUUCAUCUGAAAUCUCUGGGUAUUAUGGAUUGAGAAUGAUGAGGCAAAUUUUCCCUGUGCACUUUAUUGCCUGAAUAAUUUCUCUUGAUUUUUUUGAGCCUUUUUUUUAAGUUCCAAGAAUAAAAUGUAAAAUGUUUCAUAAUGGUUUUUAUAACAGAUUUUUCAAACUAUUAUUUAAUGAAACUGUAAUGUAACUUUUUCCUUUGAAUCAUAUAAAACUUUUGAAUUGUAA